AUGAUGACAUUUUUUCACUUUUGUACGCUCCUUCUCGGAGCCACCCUCGCAGUAGCUACAUGUGGAGACAAACUGCUUCCCCCAGGGCAAUCCGUAGGAGGCGUUUUCAACAUUUCCAUUACAAGUGAUGGUAAAGAUCGAAGUUUUCUGAUCUCCAUUCCACCAAAGUACAAUUCAAAAGUUCCGACUCCUCUCAUCCUGUCAUAUCACGGUGGUACCAAAAAUGCCACUGAUCAGUUGGAGCUGGACCAAUUGACCAACCCGGAGUUCAACAAGAGGGAUUUUGUUAUAUAUCCCCAGGGCAUCGAUGACGUAUGGCAAGGCGUCCCGGGCGUCACGACAAACGACAUCCUCUUCACACAAGACAUCCUGGACCAAGUAACCUCACAAUACUGCAUCGACACCAGCCGCAUCUGGGCAACCGGAAAAUCCGACGGCGGCGGCUUCGUCAACCGGUUAGCCUGUGAUCCUGAAACGUCCAUCCGCAUCGCAGCCUUCGCGCCCGUGUCCGGCGCAUAUUAUCAGAACACUUCGCCAUGUGUCCCCGAUACAGUGCAUUUGACCUGUAAUGCAGGACGGACUGAUAUCCCUAUCCUAGCAUUCCACGGUGGGAACGAUACGGUUAUUCCAUACACGGGUGGGGAGCGGAAAGGCGAGUUGGAUGGCGAUGGCCAUGAGCCUCGUUUCUCUCUUCCGCCUAGUACACCUCUUUCAAGCAAGACGGAGUUGGUAAUUGGUGGACUUCGAAUCUAUAUUUAUGGAUUGGAAGAGGUCAAUGUCGUGCAGUCAAAGGAAAGAUCGGAGAAAGUGGCGGUUUUGUACAUGGCACACAACCGUACUCGGACCUACCGUGUCAUGGAAGAUAUGGCACAUGAAAUCCUUCAUCGGUAUCGAAAAGACGAGCGGAAAGGCGAAUCGAUAGGUCUAAUUGCUGUGACUAUGAACAUGAGAAACCAUGGAGAUCGCGAGGUAAUAGCUACAUCCCUUGGUAGCCAAGAUCUUUCCUUGGUAGCCAAGGUCUUUGUUAACUUCAAGUAUCAUCAGGUUGAUCCUCAAGCAAAUCGAACAUGGAAGAAUGGCAACGAGAACCAUGCCAUGGAUCUUGUGUCCAUAAUCUCUGGAUCCGCUCAAGAUUUCAAACUGGUACUAGAAUACCUCCCAACUUAUCUACCCCAAUUCACUCGAUUCUACAAUAUCAUGUUCGGCGUAUCUCUCGGCGGACAUACAGCAUGGCGCAUUGCCUCGCUGACCCCAGGCCAAUUCCACGCAUACUCCAUGGUCGUCGGCUGUCCAAGUCUAUCUACUCUCCUCUUGGGUCGUCUGGGUAUCGAUCCAACCAUCGGGCAUAGUCCCGGAGAGCCAUUCGAUUAUGAGAAACUUCGGCAGGCGAUGAACGAAAAGCAGCAAAAGCGAUGGCCGCGUGCUUUAGCGGAGAUUGUGUGUCGAGAGGAUCAGCAAGUCUUGGAUGAAUUUCCUGAUGUGCCACUGCUUUUGUGUAAUGGACUCUAUGACAAGUUGGUUCCUGCAAAGUAUACGGCGGCUUGGGUGGAAGAGCGGAAGCGAAGAUCGGGAAAGCAGGAUAUUGGGUUUUUUGUGCAGGAUAAUACAGGUCAUAGUUGUACUAAGGAGAUGGUGGCAAUGACGGCUGUGUGGUUGCGGGAUAUUCUAUCUCAGUCGGUCUUGUAA